AUGUCCUCCCAGAAGAUCGACUUAACUAAACUGAAUCCCGAGCAACUGAAUGCCGUGAAACAACAAUUCGACCAAGAGUUGCAGCAUUUCACACAGUCAUUGCAAGCAUUGACCAUGGCCAAAAGCAAGUUUACAGAAUGCAUGGAUGAUAUCAAAACUGUUUCCAAAGCAGAAAAUGAAGGACAAAAGCUGCUUAUUCCCGCCUCUGCAUCGUUAUACAUCCCAGGUAAGAUUGUAGACAAUAAAAAAUUCAUGGUAGACAUCGGCACAGGCUAUUAUGUUGAAAAGAGUGCAGACGCAGCAGUUUCAUUUUACCAAAAGAAGGUGGAUAAGCUUAAUAAGGAAUCGGUACAAAUUCAAGAUAUCAUAAAGGAAAAGACUCAGUAUUCUAUGUCCAUCGAGCUUCAAAUAAGACAGGCCGCUAUCAAACAGCAUGAGGCGAUGAGUAAACAGCAACAGCAACAAAAGAAGGAGGCUUCCGCAGCCUAG